UUUACAACACAGUCUAUGAGUCUAAUAUGUUUACAGUCUAAUGUGUUUUACAGUAAGAAGAAACAAGACUGGAAAUGUUGAAGACAGCAGUUGUGUUUUUCACGUGUAUGCAUGUUUUUAUCGCUGAGUCGCAUGCUAAUUUUGCAAGCUCUGGCCACACGAAUAAUUGGGCUGUGUUGGUUGAUACUUCAAGAUUCUGGUUCAAUUACAGACAUGUUGCCAAUGUUCUUUCUAUUUAUCGUAGUGUGAAGAGACUUGGAAUUCCUGAUAGCCAAAUCAUUUUGAUGGUAGCUGAUGACAUGGCCUGCAACCCGAGAAACCCUAGGCCUGCAACAGUUUUUAACAAUAUAAAUCAGAAUAUAAAUGUGUAUGGUGAUGAUGUAGAAGUUGACUAUAGAGGAUAUGAGGUGACAGUUGAAAAUUUCAUAAGGCUUCUGACAGGGCGCCUGCCCCCUGGGACUCCACGAUCAAAGCAACUUCUGACAGAUGAAGGCAGCAAUAUACUUGUUUAUCUCACUGGGCAUGGAGGUGAUGGCUUCCUCAAAUUCCAGGAUUCUGAAGAGGUUACAAGUCAGGAACUUGCAGAUGCAUUGGAACAGAUGUGGCAGAAACGAAGAUAUAAUGAAAUCUUCUUCAUGAUUGACACCUGUCAGGCAGCCUCCAUGUAUGAAAAGUUUUAUUCGCCAAACAUUCUCGCUGUAGCCAGCAGCUUAGUCGGAGAAGAUUCACUCUCGCAUCAUGCUGACCCUGCUAUAGGAGUGUACAUUAUCGAUCGGUAUACCUACUAUGCUCUAGAAUUCUUGGAGAAGAUUGAACCAGGCAGUUCAAAAACCAUGGCACAGUUUCUCGUUGUAUGUCCAAGAUCGAAAUGCAUCUCAACAGUUGGCAUUCGUAAGGACUUAUACAAAAGGGACACCAAUGAAGUGCCAAUAACAGAUUUCUUUGGUUCUGUAAGACCAGUUGAACUCACCUACUCGAAACUGAAUAUUUCGGUUGUUCCAGCAAAAAAUGAGACCCAAAGGAUAGAAAAAAUGCCAAAGAAGAAGUUCUAUUAUGCAGAACAGUUUCCAACCCAUAUAUUUGAUUCAUUGGAAAGUGUGUACUGACGUGUGUCUUUUUUUUUUAAUUUCCAAUUUGUAACAAUUUGAAGUAUUUAUUAUUAUUGCCAGUUAAAGCCUACAAAGAAAUCUAGCCAGUUAAAGCCUACAAAGAAAUCUAGUCCUUGCAAAUAAAUUUGUUUUUGGUUAAAAGUUAAUUUGUUAAUGAAAGAAAGCAGUGUGUAGAAAUGAGCUUUGUCAGUAUGCAGACACAUUUUCUGUUUUUGCAUAUGGGAGGACUAACAGUGAGUUAACUGCUUUUACAUGGUUUAGUGUAAAGGAAAUAUGAAAUUGCAGUCCAGUGACUCAAAAGAAUACUGUCUGUUUUUGUCAUAUUUAAAAGCUAAUUGAUAGUCUAUUUCUUAAAGCUGGUGAUAUUCUUAUUUCUUGUAAACAAAACAGUAAAAAGGUGUCAGAUAUUCAUUAUAGCUUAUGUGGAAGUACAAAGUGUACAGGAACUGAUAUGAUAGUAAGUUCAUUCUGUGUUGUGAAAUGUGGAAAAUGUGAAAGCUGCAUUUCGGAUUGAGAGAUUCUACUUUUAGAAUAGGAUAACUCAUAGGUCUCAUAACAAAAAAUUUCAAGUCAUUGACUUAAUAUACAGGAGACUCAUCAAAACAAAACAAAAUUGUUUGCAGUUUUUCUUAAAAUAUCAUUAAUACAAUAUACUGCACUGUAUACAUAAUUGAUACACAAAUGAUGACUUUUUUUUUUUUUUCAAACAAAUAAAAAGCUAUAACAUCCAAAGCACGUAUUCCCAGAUCGUCAUUCGUGUACUCUUCAGCUGAAUAGUAAUAUUUCUGCACCAGUGUUUGUCUCUAAAUUAAUAUUGAGUAAUUAUUUUUCUUUUACUUUGUUUGCAGUUUCCAUACCCAUAUACUUCAGAGUUUGAGCAUACAGUUUUAAAAAGUUUGUGCGCAGCAAAAAAUUAUUUUGAUUCAUUGUGUUAUAAUCAUGUUGAAAUUGAUUCACAACAAAUAAAUCAGGGUUACUAUGUACAGAGAUAAUCAUUUCAUAAAUGAGCAGUGAGGGCACAGUAUACUUUGAUUUUUCUACACUUUACAUUGUGCAUAUUUCUGUUGAUGGUUUUUUGACAUUUCAGUAUUGGAGACUUAUGGUUAGAGUUAAACCAAAAUGUAAUUCCAUACCUUAUUUUUGGUUCAAAGUAGCCAUGAUAUACUACUAUCCUUAUGUUCAUGGUGUUAGCUUUGUAUAAUUUCAUCACUGCAAAUGCUAGUGUAUUUAAUUUAUUUACAGUAUAUUGUAUAUGUGAGCCCCACAAUAAAUUUUUAUCUAAUUGCAUUCACAGGAAUUUCACACAGCUAGCUUCCCACAAAUCCUGAUUUUUCAUGAGAAUUUCAACAUCAUUUAACUUUGCUUGUUUUGUUUAAACUGCAUUAACUGAGUUUCUUCCAUGUUUAAUUUUAGCCCAUUUAAAUUAAACCAGAUGCUAUAACCUUGUAUGUAAUACUUGGAUAUGUGCUGCUGCACCAAGCCACUAAUGUACUACACUUCAGAUAUUCUGCCAGCGACAUCCACGCUGGCCAGCGACCAGAGGCUGCCUGGAGUGGGCCACAUGACUUAUGCACAUGGCAUGCCAUCCGUUGUGCCAUCUUCUUAUACCAGAGCCCUCCUUUUUAUAAGUGGUGUGUGGGAGGCACUUGCUCUCAUAU